GCGCAGUAUAAAGCCCCGCCUCUAAUGGGUGGAUCAAGCAGAGAAGUCAUCUGAGAUUCUGAGUUUCACUGAACUUUGAACUCUCUAAAUCUCUCUGUUUUAAAAUCGUAUCUCCAGCUACGACAAUGCCUUCCAACAAGAAGGCAGUCAAAGCUGGAGAGAAAGGAGAGCCCCCUCCUGCUCAACCUCAGCCGCCAGGAGAUGACAAUACUUCAAACAAUGCCUCUGCUCCAAAGUUUUGUAGCUGGCAUCUACUUGCUCUCCUCCCUAUUAUACUGGCUUUUGUAAUUUAUCACAUACCGACAUUGCAUGAAGAAUAUAUGGCCAGGAUGGGGUAUGGUGAAGUGCCACAAUAUGAGAUACCAGCUCCAGCAAUGAAUCAUUUCAGGAUAUACGAUGCUAAUGCUGAUGGUAACAUAGAUCCUUAUGAGUUUAUGCAGAUUAUACAAGAUCUUAAUAUAUCAUUAUUCGAGACUGCUGGGAAUGAAAGUAGCUUACGGGAGGUGUAUUCUUUUGUUGAUGCUGCACUUGGUCCUGAUAAAGAAGGAAUUACUGUAAUGGCAGAGUAUGUACCUCUUGAUUUAAAAACAAUGAGCAAGUUUACCAAUAAAGAUCAAUUCUUGUUUGGAUCACCUGAUCAACUUCUUCCUGGUCUAGUGAAAUGGAAAAAUGUUCAUCACCCAAUUCAUACUUUUGGGACUGGAAAUUUCAAAAUUUUCCUUCCACCAGAAGGGAAACAAGUUGGGGAACCUUACUAUGUAGUUGACUCUGAGUAUUUUGGGCGCCGUCCUCAUAUGAAUGUGUACUAUCCUCCAGCUCCUCGUGGCAACGAAGUUUUCCUUCACGCUAUCCUUUCCAUGUUUCAUCCUAAUGUCUUUGUUAACACAAGAUUUGGCCCAAGAGGCACACUGGCUGUUUUAAGGGCUGAAAAUGAUACAUUUUAUGAUAUUGUUAUCAGGUCACAUAUUGAGUUCCAGUUGAACACUGAGCCCAGUUAUCCUUUCUGGUUUACUCCAGCUCAGCUUGCUGGCCGUCUCAUUAUUAGUAAAGAUGCUUCACAUAUUGAGUAUUUUGAAAUGAGUCUACCUACAAAGAAUGCUCUUAAUAUUGAUAUGGAGUGGUUGACAGGGCCUGAUCAGAAUGAGGUUGAUAUUGGUUUUGUUCCAAAGAUGAAGUUGUAUUCUUCAAGUCCCAGCAUAUUGUUUACUGAUAACACAGAGGUAUCCAUUGAAGUGCCUGAUUCUCAACCUGUCUAUCCUUUCCAUGAACUCUCAUGGAAUAAUGAGAUAUCAGUUGAUGAAGCUGUUAUCAAACUGGAAAAGACACUUUAUCCUUUUAAAGAAGUUCCUUAUCUUCCAUUUCUUGAAGCAUUUGAUACUGCUAAAAAGGAGAACAAAUUAAUUCAUUCUAUAAUCUUGUGGGGGGCACUGGACGAUCAGUCAUGCUGAGGUUCCGGGCGAACACUCAGGGAUGGUCCCCUGGGUUGUUCGCCCGUUAAAAAUCUCCUUACUGAGAGAUUUGUGUCUAGUUGGUCUUUUGUGAAGGAUGUACAGGAUAUUAUUAAUAACAGUACUUACAGUCCUGAGGAGAAGAAGCUUGCACAGCUUUCACUGGAUAGUUACAAUUUUCCAGUUGAAAUGAUGGUAGUUGCCCCUGAUGGUGAAGUACUGGUGCAUUCCAAUGCCAAUUCUCUUCUUCAUUUAUCUGAGGAAGAGACCUCAUUAACUCCUUUUGAGACUGAACAGCCUCUUAACAUCAAGUAUAAAAAGUUUCUUCAAGAGGGUAUUAGUAAAUUUGAAUCGAAAACUAUAUAAGCUGCUGUUUUGUUUGCACAUUAUUCUUAUUUUUUGUUUUCUUAUUAUUAUGGAUUGCUUGGCAAUUAUUGAUUGUGACGACAUUCAUGAAAUCCAUUAUUUUGGCAGUGAAUGUCUGAUUUUUUAAUCAAUUUUUUCUUUGCAAUAAAAAAAUAACUCUUCAAUUUAA